GAUGGUUUUAAGCUAUCAGUUUGAAGUACGCAGGUGGAAGUAUGUAACAUGUAAAUGAAUGCUCUGACUGAGUAGAAAUAAUUUCAUUUAUAUUUUUAGAUAUGAUUUUAAAUCGGUUUUGCGUGAUUGAUUAAUUAACAGUGUUUCAUUUUGAACAUAACUGGCUUCAUUUUUAUGUGUGACAGUUUACUUCUUGUGAAUAUUAGACAAUGGUGAAAUAAGUCCAAAAAAUAUGAAAAAGUGGAAACAUGACUGAACUAAUAUUUUCUCGGGGAGACACUUUUCCUCGAUCAUUUCUGGACACGUAUCGUGCAUCUAAAAGUGAACUAUAUAAUGAGUUAGCAUCUAGCAAAAGUGAUGAACUAGUUCUUCAGAAUUCUAUGGAUAUUCCUGUUCCCGAAGAAAUUCACCACGGACGUUCAGAAAAUCUGCUGGAUAUAACUCCUUACUCUACUCCAACUAAAGAAGACUUCUUGGACGAUGAAGAAGUAUUAUUGCCAAAACCUCACAGACGAAAAACUCCUGUUGACCCAGAAGAUAGUAUUAGAGAUAUGGUUUCAGAUAAUGACUUUUACAAAUUUGUGUUAUUCAAGAAACACUACGACAAAUAUUUACAUCUUUCCCAAAAGUACGAAGAAGCGAGAAACAUCGCCUACUACUUGGAAGAGAAAUACCACGAGGUCAAGACCGAACGGGACGAUUUGAUUAAACAGAGGGAUCAACUGACCAAGAAAUUGGAAUCGAACGAAUGUCUGCUGAGGGAGAAGGAAGACGAAGUUUUCGUACAAUUUGAAAGGGUCCUUUUUCUGGAGGAACAAUGCGAUAAGUUGAAAGCUGAAAAGAAAAAAUGCCAGGAACAAACGCAGCUGAUAGAAAAGGAAAAGGCCCGAGCUUUAAUUUUCCUUCAAGAACAAGCCAAAGAAUCGGAAUACAACCGAAGGAAACUAGAAAGAGCUCGCCAGGAGGUCGUUCAUCGUAUGACGAAAAUAAAGAACGAGAAAGAUAGCUUGGAGCGAGAGAACGACCAGCUGAAGGAAGCUCUGGAAGCGGAACGGAGGGGCAUGGGGAAUUACCUGAUUCGCGGAAGAGAACUGAACGACAAUCUAGAAUGCAUGGAAAAAGAGGUUGAGCAGAUGAGAUUGAAGGAGAAGUCGAAUAAUUCCCUCAAAUCGCAAUUCCAAAAGGCUGUGGAGCACCUUGCAACUUGCAGAGCGAAGAAAUGUUCGGUUUGUGCACACAUCAAAUCGGCUUAUCGGAAAAUGUCUCCGAAUAAUCGUAAAGAGCGAAAAUUAUUUAGUUGCCUUCAAACACCAUUCCUCGAGAUGCGUAACAUGAUCAAACCUCCCCCAUCACCCAUACACAGCGACGGCGAGAACCUUUCCGAAUGGUUUUGCAACAUGGAGAGCAUCGGCCCGAGUGAAUGUUCCUCCUUGAACGUGCCGUUCUCCGCAAUGUCCCUUUCCUACAUGGACAAUGUCUCCGAUUCUUCCAGCUUCACCCGUGAUGACGAUUUACUAGGCGGGUUGAAUCCAGAUAACCGAAAUAGUUUUAGAGGUUUCGGUAGCGAUUCCGGUUUUUCAUCUGAAGUUUGCGGCACCCCCAAAGAGAAAUUUUGCCCCAAAAACACCUUGGACGAGACUGACUGCUCAAAGUUGACAAGGACGAAAUGGACUGCGUCUUUUCGAAAAUUGGUGAAACGAAUGAGGAAAUAAGUUUUUCACUUAUUCUUGAUUCGAAGUUUUAGGUGUUUUCGGCUCAGUUGAAUCGGAUCGACUUUUGAAACGAAAUGAAGAUUUUUUCUAAUCCUCGUUAUAUUCAAUCUAGUUCUUUGUAUGAGUGUUGUUCCAGCUUGUGGUGUAUGCUAGAUAGCAAGUGUGAAUGACCUUUUGUGAUUAUUUAGUGUGAGAGUAUCAUUCCUCAAUGUGUCAAAUACUACUUGAAACCUAAUAUUAUAUCCUGAUUAUUUUUUAUCUUAAUAUUGGCAGUUGAUAUUUAUCUCAAAAUGAACGAAAUACUUCUCCAAAGGAGAUCCCGUAAUGAAUAAUUUUCGAUGAAAAAUGAAACAGGAAUUGAUUUUUUCUACAACUCAGUACAAAAGUGAUGAAAGAUUUACGUUGUUGCCGCCAACGAAAUAUAAAAUGGGGACAUUACUUUUAUCCUUAUCGAAUAUUGUUAAUUCAACUCUGAAAUAUCGGGGAUAUAAAUAGACGGACUCUGGUGGAUGCUUUCUUUGAUUUGUCAGGUUUAUGAUCUAUGCUCCAACAUAUUAUUCAACAGAUUUUUAAGGUUAUAGUGCAUUAGUGUCAAAAAAGUUAGUUUUAAUCUGAUGUAUAACAGGAAAUUGAAUAAAAACUUCAGUACUGUGGGUUGAAUUUGACAAAGGAAUUUUCAAGUGAUGAUUAAGUAAGAAUUAGGGGUUCCAUUGCAGCAAACUCUUAUUGAUGUAAAGAGCACACAUCUGUGUUUGCUAAAUUUCACAUUCUUUCAUAUACAUAUCUUUCAUAUACUAUCUGAAGCUUUUAAUGAUUAUGAUUAGUUUGAAAAAAUAUGACAAGUAUUCCAUAUUGGUGGAAAACAACCUCAGAAUGUUUCGAAAAUCUAUUAUUAUCCAUUUUCCAUUUGAGGACACUUCCGUAGUUCUAAAACAAUAAAGUUAAUUUGUUCUGAGAAUUCAUUUUUCAAUUUUGCAAUUCAACAAUUUUAAUAUCUCUGGACUACUAUUAAACUAUCAAGAAGUUUAUAUAAAGAUGAAGAAAGCAUCAUUUGGAGUUCGAAGAUUUGUGAGAAAGAAGCUUUAGUUCAUUUUUGAUAUGAUCGUAAAAACAAACAUGAGAACAUUUAAUCUGACAUACAGUUUAGCACUAUCAAAAUUUUGGAAUUAUCCCCUCUUAAUAUUUAGCCCCUCUUAAUAUUUAAUUGCAUAAAACAUAAUAAAUUCAAUUCAAUGUAUAUUUAAUCUUUUUGUAAUUAUGAAGGGACUAAAAGAGAUUUUUUCGAUAUGUUUUGAAAUUCAAUCAGAUCUAGAUUUGAGAAGAAUAAUCAACUGCUUUUAGUAGGAAAAAGUGAAAUAUUUAAUAUUUUGAAAAAUGAACGUGCAGUUUAUUAUUACAAAGAAAUUCAAAAAUAUUGUCUCUAGUUUUUACAGUUUGAUUGUCGAAUAUUUUAUUUAUUGUGACAGUAUCCAAAUCAAUGAAUAAAAAUGUCAUCUAUGAGAUUUAUGAUUUAAGUUUUGUUAACUUGAUGUUUCCCCAAAAUACCAGUAUUUUAGAAGUAUAAGCAACAUAUCCGAUGUGACAUUUAAUAAUUCAAAAUGAUGAUAUUUGAUAUGACUCAUUUUUCCAAUAAUAAAUCGUUUGUUUCAAAAUAAUAUAUUUGAAGAUAUAUCGUUAUAUGGUAAAUAAUAUAGACACUAAAGGAAACAAAUUAGAUGACUGACUAGAUUAUUUGCUAUUCUAUGAUCUCUGUGUUGAAUUGAACGAGAUCAAUCCUUGAAAAUGAAAUGAGUGGGAUGGAGUAAAACUAUUAGAAUAUUGUUGUGAAUAUCUUGUUUCAUUAUGGUAUAAUAAUCCAGUCAUAUCAGUCAAAAUAGGCAAGUACAUGGGAAUUGGAGAUAGUCAGCUAUAAACCUUUAUAAAGAUUUAUACCUUGGUUUAUACUUGUAUAAACCUUUAUAAAGGUUUAUACAAGUUCAAACCUGCCUGGGGUAAAACCACUAAUAUGACUGGACUAUAAUUAAAAUGCCAUCAGCGCUGGAAUUGCCACGACUAUAAAUUUUAUUGAUAUUUGCCUUUGUAAAGAGUUUUAUCAAGUUUGGAACAGUGAAAUAGUAGAUUAAAUUGGAAAUAAACAACUUAGUUUAGAAACACCAGUUUCAUGAAAGUAUGAAAUUGAUGUAUUUGAUGUUGAUCAGUUGAGAUAAUUUAAUGAUAACUGUUUUAAAAAAAUAACGAAUUUUAUGUAAGGCAAUUUUAUCACAAUUUGUUUUUGCAAUUUGUGUCUCGCAAUUCGGAGUUCAGUAUUGGUAAUUUUUUGAACAUUCUGUAUAGAAUUUGGGCGAGUUGUUUUGUGAUUAUUUAUUCAAUUCAGCUCACACAAAAUAUGAAAUUACUGUCUGUUAAUCCAAAUUAUAAUUUAUUUGAAUUGAUAUUCGUUUAUGCAUGUCUGAAUUCUGCAAGAAGUUUUUCAAUAAAUGAAUUACUGUAAGUAUUUUUAUAUAACUCUUGCCGACUUGAUAUUCUUGAAAUUUUAUCUUAGGUAAUUGUCUUUGUAUAUUUUGUUUUAAUUUAUUUUCUUAUUUUUAUCGAUUAUUGUUAACUGAUGUAUAAUUUUGAUUUUCCUAAUGUUUACCACCAGUAUUUCAUAUUGUAAUUUUGUAUGGACCAUUCUUAGCGGUGGCAGCUUUCUACUUAAGUAAAAUAUAAGUAUUUAUACUGUUUUAUACAUUCCUUAUACAUAGUGCAAGGUAUUCAAAGUGAAAAUUGAAUUUUUAUACUCAUCAAAUUAAAUAUAAACAAACUAUUUUUUUUGUUUUUUCUCUGUUAACUCAGCAAUAAAUAUUAAUUUGUUUUUAUACAUAAAUAACCCUUUAUUUCUGAGCUAUGAAAUAAGCCAAGUUUCAUUUUUUCAGAUAUGAAAGAGCAAUAUCUAUUUUUGGAUUCCUUGCACUCUUGUUUAGUCACAAAUAAGAACUAGUAAUCACAGUGAAUAUCAAUCCUAAUUUCGGUCACGAAAUUAUUUUUGUCCAAAAUGUGAUAUCAGCUACAUUAUGUUAUUUUGAAUAAAACUAUUUUUUGACAGUU